AUGGACAAUGGCGAUGGGGAUGUCGAUGAGGUAGACGAUAACGAGGAGGGGGAUGAUGACGAUGAGGUGGAUGAUGACGAUGAGGUGGACGAUGACGAGGAGGGGGACGAUGACGAUGAGGUGGAUGAUGACGAUGGGGUGGACGAUGACGAGGAGGUGGACGCUGACGAUGGAGUGGAUGAUGACGAUGAGGUAGACAAUGACGAUGUCACCAUGAGUGGAGAGACCAUUGCGCUGUCCAUCCCGGCCAUCACGCCCGUCGUUACCCUCGGCCGCCGCGACGUGCCUACGCCCGAGAAUGCGGGGCCAGCAAUUGACGCGGCCAAGCUCAAGUCACUGGUGUGCGAGAAUUGGGAGGAGUACUCGGACAGCGUCAAACAGGAGCUGGCGGGCGCCGACGCCUACAUCUACCGCCAUUGCAUCUCCUCGACCAAAGACCACGCCGCCACCCUGCUCGGCCAGGUCGCGCGCGGGUUCGACAAGGAGACGCUGGAGAAUGCCGAUCUGGAGCGCAUCGGCCUGAAGGUCCUGCAUGAGGCUGCCGCGGAUGCGUAGAUGGUGAUUGUUGGUUGUGUUUUUGGGAAGAAAUGGUUGUGCUUGAGUGACGUCUAUAG